GAAUGCACUGCUUUCACGUCAUCUUCUCGAUCGAUGUUAUAUUCUUAAUGACCAAUGUUUUGUAAGAGACUCGAAAGUUAUUAAGACAAAUCAAAACAGGGGAGAUAAAUGGGAGAUUCAAGGAAAGGAUGUUAUGUUUCAGUUCUGACAGGAGUAUGCAUCGCCUUCAUAGCUGUUGGUGUAGGAUUGAUCGUGCAGUACGUGAACUACAGGACGUCUGAAUGUGUUUGUCCUGAAACAUCAAAGUCGUCAAAGCAGAGCGAUGGUAUUGGAAUGCUUCGACCAAAUGCAAAAGUUUCGCAUGAUUACAAAUUGUUUUACUUCGACUGUAGAGGGCGUGGUGAAAUUGCCCGGAUGAUAUUUGCAUACGCUGGACAUCCUUUUGUUGAUAAGCGCAUCGACUAUGAUGAAGAAUGGCCUUCAAUUAAAUACGAUUUUCCCCAGUAUGUUCUUCCAGUGCUUGAGAUUGACGGGUCCAAAAAUAUAACACAGAGUAUGGCCAUAGCCCGCCAUCUUUCCAGAGAGUUUGAUAUAUAUGGGAAAACUCCAACAGAACAAACAGUUAUUGAUGAGAUUACAGAAACGGUUGCUGAUAUUUAUAACUUUGCUCUCGAAUUUCAAGUAGCUCCAACAUCCCAAGAAAGGGCACAGAAGAAGGCCGAGUUUUAUAAAGUGGAUUGUCCAAAGUUUUUAAUGUUUCUUGAGAACCUUGUAGCUGAAACGGGGCAAAAUGGUUUUGCUGUUGGUGAUAGCUUCACAGUUGCUGACUUGAUGCUGUUCGUCUACAUUGAACAUACGGAAGCACAUUUUACACCACCCGAUGCGCCAAUGCUGAAAAACUAUUCGCUUCUCGACCGGAACCGGAAAUUGGUUUCGUCAAUUUCAAGGAUACCGGAAUACCUUCAGAAAAGACCGGAACAAGAUCUGUAGUGAUUCAAGUUUAAAAAAGUGUUUGUAUAAAAUAAAGAAACAAGGAGCCCAGUCUUAUCGUAUUCUAAUGAAACAGAGGGACCAGUCUUGACCGUAUGACAGUAAAGUUGGUAGGUAGUUGGUAGUUGGGGAUUCGAAUAUUCAACUACUUGCUAGUUGCCAGUUGGGAAUUCGAAAAAUCAGAGUUAGAUGUUGAUGUUGAUAUUAAGCAACUCUACUAUUUCCAGUCGAUUAUUCGCGAAUAUUCAACUACCAACCAGUUGAAAGUUGGGGAUUAAGAUGUUUGUCUUUUUUUAUGGUUAAAAGGUACACAUGUUAAGAAAUCAAACAGUUGUUGGUGUUUUAUUCAUGUAUACAUAUAUAUCGUCGUGUCGUACCAAACACAGUUUUAAAUCACUUUUAUUCGUAUACUCGCCAGUUUAAUAUUCGACAAUUUUCGCGAAUAUUUAACUACUUACCAGUCAGUAGUUGGGGAUUCUGAUUAUGUCUAUAUCUAUGGUUUUAAAGGUCACAUGUGGAAAAAAUAAAACGCCAAAUGUUUGUUUAGGCAUGAACACAUAUAUAUCUACGUCACAAACACUGGUUUUAUUCGCAAGUCGGAUAAUCGACCAUUUCAAGUCGAUUAUUCGCGAAUAUUCAACUACUA